UCCCUUACCAAGAUCUCUUACACCACCACGUGAAAAAUGGCAACACAGACAGAAGACAGUGGAGGCCAAAAUGUCGGUGAAACGGAAUUCAAAGUUGUCAGAUCAAGGAAAAGAAAACUCAAACCUGAGGCAGAGAUAACAGAGUCAGCAAUGGACACAUCUGCCCCACCAAAAAAGCCACACUUUCCUCCAAUAAGCGGUGACAAAUUGACAGGAGGAAAGUCUGAAUUUAGGAAAAUUCCAGUACCCAGUCAUAGAUAUACUCCUCUGAAAGAAAACUGGAUGAAAAUAUUCACUCCAAUAGUGGAAAAACUAAAUCUCCAAGUCAGAUUUAACCUCAAAACACGUAAUGUUGAAAUAAAGACGUGUAAAGACACAAAAGACAUUGGAUCCUUACAAAAAGCAGCAGAUUUUGUUCGGGCAUUCACACUGGGUUUUGAUGUUGAUGAUUCCCUAGCAUUGGUUAGACUGGAUGAUCUAUUUUUGGAAUCCUUCGAUGUCACUGAUGUAAAACCACUAAAAGGUGAUCAUUUGUCAAGAGCCAUUGGGAGGAUAGCUGGUAAAAAUGGGAAAACAAAAUUCACGAUAGAAAAUGUCACCAAAACCAGAAUUGUGUUAGCUGACACGAAAAUACACAUAUUAGGAUCCUUUUCAAACAUAAAGAUUGCCAGGACAGCAAUUUGUAAUCUCAUUUUAGGUAGCCCACCCUCUAAAGUCUAUGGAAACAUGCGGAGUGUGGCGUCCAGGGCAUCUGAGAGAUUCUAACUUUUGUUGUUGAUAUUUAUGUAAAUAAAUGUAAACCU